AUGAAAACGUAUUUGAAGUUCUUGUCGCUGCCGAUCACCUCCAAGUUACAAGUGUUGUUCAACAGUGUUACUUGUGAUUACCUGCAAACCCAGUUUGUUCAGCUUCGAUUUGAUGUGCAGACAUAUUGUCAGAUCUGCACCAUUGCAAAUCGGCACGGACUGAUAGACCUACAAGAAGCUGCACAAAGCAAAAUGGCGUCAAUGUACAAGGAAGUUUGUGAAAGUGAAGAAUUCUUGUCUCAUAUUGACGCCGAUCAGUUCUCGAAUCUUCUUAGUCGAGAUGACCUCAGUGCUCCUUCGGAGACAUUCGUGUUCAAAUCUGUGAUGCAGUGGGUCAAGUACAAGAAAGAAGAGAGAAUGGAAGUCGCUGCUAAAGUUAUAGGUUCGGUUCGCCUGGGACUGGUGAACAUCAGGGAGGUGAUCAAAGAGCUAAAUUCAGAAGAAAUGAAGCAAGUACGAGAGAUUCACACGCUUCUUCACGAAUCACUCUUGUACAGCUAA